AUGAAUAGAACUUCAAAAGCUAAGGUGUUCGUACAUAGUGACCGUUAAUGGGAAGAGAUUUGCGUAGGGUAUGUUUAAAUUGUGCAUACAGAUGGUGUUAGUUUUAUAAGAGGAAUAUUGGAAAAAGAAUUGAAGUAAUGUCCUAAUAUAGUGAAAUUUUGUCAUAUGAAUACGGGCAGAAAUGAAUGGUGCAUAAAUUUAAGAGUGAAUCCAGAAAUAACUUAUGAGUAGCAAGGCGAUAAUAUCAUUUCUUGGGAGGAAAUUGAUUAGAAAUUAGAAAUAGCUAUAAGUUUUAUUGAUUGUAGAUAUUCAUCUGAGUUUUGGAAUUAAUUAUAAAAUAGUAGAAGAAAUUUUCGAUACGAUGAUCCAGAAUCAACGUAUCCUAUCAUACCAUCUCAAUAGAAUCUAGAAGCAGUUUAACUAUGGAUCAGUGAUAAUCCCGAUCUAAUAAUAUAAAAACUUACAACUGAUCCACAUUGCACUUUUUUAGAAGAAUUAACAAAGAUAUUUUAAGAUGCUGAAGCAUAAUAACAUCAACAUACAUUAGAAUAAUUACAUUAUGUAAUUAGAAACUUAAGUAUAUAUAUUUUAUGUAUCUCUUUUAGUAUAUUUAAAAAAUUUAAAUGUUCUCAAGAGAUUGCUCAGUGACAAAUUUUAUAUGACUUUAUUUGGAAUUAUGGAAUGUAAUUUUAUAUUUUUUAAAUUUAGAUCAUUCCGAAUAUAGAGGACCACAAAGAGUGUCUUAUAGGAAUUUUUUAACUUCAGAAUUAAAAUUUCAUUUAAUAACAGAGUUGAAUCCAGAAAUAAUGGAAAAAAUUCACUUUAAUUAUCGAUUAUCAUAUUUGAAAGACAGUGUUAUGGCAUAUUAUUUGUAUUUACAAGAUCCAAUAUAUUAUCAAUUUAAUUUUUAUAUAAUUGAGAAUAACAAGUAAAUAUUAGAGAGUCUAUUAUUAAAUCAUAAAGAAUAAUUUGAAGAAUUUUUGAUAAAUUUCAUUGACAAUUUGGAAUUGAAUUGUAAGUUUAUAAAUGAAUUUUUUUUGUCAUUUAAAUAAUUUUUAUAGAUUCAAUCUUUGAAUGAUGCAUUUGUUAGUUGCAUAGGCAAAGCAGAUUUAUUAAGGGUAUUAUUUUCAAAGACUUUAGAAAUAUAAUAACAGUAACUAUGUUUUACAACAUUGCAAUUGACUAUUAUGAUAGCAAAUUCUAAUUCGCAAUACUUCUAAGAAUUUUUGAAAUAAAAUCAAGAAUUAUUUUGGUAAAGCAUGGAAACAUUACUACUCAGUAACAUGACUACUCUUAAUAGUAUGAUUAUAGACAUAAUUCAGUAUAUCUGUUAGAAUUAAGCAAUUUUAGGAUAAGGAAUAGAUUGGUUAAUGAGAUGUUUUAAAUAAAGAUUAAAUUCAUCUGCAAUAGCAUCAUUAUAAGAGAUUGUGUAAUUAAUUUGUUAAUAAUAAAAAACAUUUUCUUAAGAAUUGAUAAUACUAUCAAAUCAUAUAUUGGAUAUUUUGGAUUAGUAGAUAAAAUUAACUAUAAAAGAUAAAUUUAUGAUAAUGCCUACAUUGAAACAUUUUAAGUAUUUAUGUACUUCCAAUUAUUCACAAAUUGUUAAACCUUAUUGUGAGUCAUUCAUUAAGAUCAGUACAAGUUAGAAAAUAUUUGGAGUUUUAGAAGGUCAAAUAAGAGAUAUUAUAAAGUAUAUAAAAUCAAAUACAACACUUAGUCAAUAUAUUGUAUGAGAUUGAUAUAUUAUAUAGGUUAUUUAAGUUAGGAUUUUGAAUCUUUAGGAUCAUUCACUCUAUGCAAAGUUAGUUUAACAGUAUUCUUAUGUUCGUAUAGAGGAUGGAUAAAAAACAAGAAUGUAGAUGGAGGAUUUGAAAUAUUAUGAAAAAGAUGAUUCAGAGGAAUAAGCACUUUAACAAUAACAAUAAACAAUCUAAUUAAUUAGAUAAGAUAUAAGAUUGAACUUUAGCAAGAUUGUCAGAAAGAGAAAUGAUGAGGAUGAAGAUGAAGAUGAAGUAAAAGUGAGAGAAUCAUAACCUAAAGGAAUCAUUUUUAGGGAUAAUUGUUUUAAAAGAAUAAAAACAGACGAUGAUGAUGAUGAUGAGAAUUGA